AUGGGACUUUCACGUCCCUCAACGGAGACUUCCACUGCGGGAGUCCCUAAAGGUAAAAUAAUUGUGCUGCUUUCUUUUGUUGUGAUUUACUUUCUCUUGUCUUCUUCUGUUGGGAAUUGGCCGUUACCGAAACCAGUGAAACCCACAGCUCCUGAGACUCCUGAUUUUUCAAUGAGUAAUGAUGGUAUGAAUGAGAUCAAUUUACGUAAAAGUUUACAACGCAUGGAAGCUAUUUCUUCCAAUACACCUAUUCCUUUUUUAACUCCAUGGGGUAGUGAUCGUCUGGCGGCGUAUCGAGAAUGGACACAUAUAUAUCGUUCUAUUCGAGAAGAUAUUCAUAUUAACAAAGGUGUGAAAACUUCAAGGGAUGUAGAAGAUGGAAAUAGUAAACCUUCAUUAGAAAAAAAGCUAAUACAAAUGCUAGUAUAUGAUGUUAAUGAAGGAUACUUUUCAUUAUCACUUGCAAGGUUUGUACCAGAGAUGUCUGUAACUGCUGUUUUUCUUGAUAAAUGUACUCAGUCUCCCAAAAAGUCUCCUGUUUGCAAUUCUUCUCUCCAUAAUAUCGAGGAAAUUGAAAAACAAUGGAAUAAACUACAUAAACCAGAUGAUACUUCUGCUGCGAAGAGACUUUUUCUUUGUCUGUCAUCACAAAUCACACCCAUUCGAUUGGGAGUAAUGGGUGGCCGUCAUACUCUUACGGAUUAUCAAAUUGCUCUUUCUUUAUUUGAUCAUUUUGAAAGUAUUCCAACGAAAGUGGCAUUUCAGCGCGCACUAAUAUCUCUUAUUAAGAGUGCAUCUGUAGCUACUUUUAUUACUCUUCCAGAUUUUCGUUAUACGUUCUCCACUACCCGAUCAAAGAAAGGAAAUCGCAGCCCUCAAUGGUAUGAGUCUGCGCAGGAUGCAGAAUCUUUAAUUAAAGAGGCUGCAGAUGCCUUUGCUGUGUCAAUAUCUCUCUCUCAAUUGGCUUCAAUACGGAGGGGUUCUGCAAACCGAACAGUGUUUCGUGUGGAAGUCAUUCGGGAUAAAGAAAAAAGAGUGGAUGAAACGGCACAGUGUGAGGCUCGUCGGGCAUUCUUGCGUUGCAGCUCUAAAACUCCGUUUUUAAGGUGUCCUUCAUGA